GGGGGGUAAUCCCACUAAUCUUUUGUUCUCAUCCUUCGUUUCAUGUUUUAAUCUAACCAACUCGAUAUUGGUGAUCAGUGCCAGUCACUUACUUGGCCACUCUCUGUGCCCUAUACAUUCGUUGUCUCCUGGAAUAGAUCUGGUUGCUGUUGAUCCAGUGUUUUGGUGGAGACCAUCUGAUAGAGAUCCACGUCCCACAACUUGCGACAGUCGGCCGUCAUUGCAUACCAACAUAUCAUCGAUUACGGAGGCCAGUGACCUUUCACAGCCUCAGAAUUUAUAUAUUCCCCGGGCUCGUCAGUGUGACCUCCCUAACAAACUCACCACGACCCAAAAUUUUUUCUCGCUGGGAUUUCUUCACAUCCGGUCUCGCUCGUUCGCUCGCUAGAGUAUCUUAGCAAUGAAUUUUCGUGCCGCGGGCCUUCGCAAGGCCCGCCGCCAACCUUCCUUCCCAUGGCUUUUACUCCUGGUCGCUAUCCUGAUGAUGGCGCAAAUAUCGAUCGCCCAGGAAACUACCGCAGAUGACUCUACGACCGACGCAACAACCGCUAAGGACCCUACGACCACUGCUACAACGAAGGACGACCCCACCACGACAGCGAAGACCACUACGGCAUCUACCACGGAGAAAUCAGCAACGACGACGACCUCGGAGUCUAAGUCGACGACUUCAACCUCUGAGUCCUCAAAGUCGACAGACUCCUCGGCAACCUCCACUGCAACGAACGAUUACCCCGUGGUAACAGUCCCUCCACUCGCGGAUGCGCCGUACAUGCAAACGUCAGAUACCCCAGAAGGAACACUUUUCAUCGCCGUUGGUGCAGUGCUAGGCUUUCUCGGCGUCGCGGUCCUCGCCUGGCGAGGAAUGGUCGCAUGGUCCGUCAACCGUUCAGUCCGGAAAGCAGCCAUAAUACAAUCCUCCGAGGCGAAAGGGCUCCUCCGCUCAAAGAGAAAGAGGUCUGCACAUCGCUCCCAUGCCGGUCCUACAACAUCCGUAUCAAUGGAAAAGAUGGCCAGCAGCCACCGUGCCAGCUAUGCAAAUCACCGUUCCUCCAAAGCCCCUAGGUCCAACAGCGGUCUGUUCUUCUCUCCCACGGCUGGAAUGCACAGUGCCGCGAACAGAGGUUCAAGCUAUCUUCCCGCAGGUUAUUACGCGGCUGGUAGUGCCGCCGCCGGUAGUGGGAGUCGUCAGAGCAUGCAUUUCUCCGCAUCUGAUCUGCCAGGAUUGGGCCCGCAGGCGCAGGGGUAUACUCGGACAAGAUCCGGGCCUAGCCCACCUGGCACGCCCACCCACACUCCCGGUGGCAUCUAUGAGCCUCAGUACAAUACCUCGAGACAUUCCCACUUGGCCUCGAAUAGCUCUGUCAAUCUUGCCUCUCCUACGCAAGGAAGGACGCCUAGUGCCUACCUGGAAGAUCUCUUUGAAAACCAUCCUCCUCAGAAUAGACAGUAGAUUUGGGUGAGCUCCUUUCCCUAUGAGGAACGAGAUAUACCCCGUCACUCUCUCCCUUUCCUUUCCCCAAUCCUUCCCUUUCCUCAAUCCUUCCCUUUUUGUUUCUAUAUUCGAUGGCAAAUAUCAUCUACAUAAUCCUGUUAUAUAGUGUAUGUACAUUCGUCAUGUCAUGAGCAACCUUUUUCAGCGUUCAGGGCUACGCACCUUUCUGGAUAGUUUCUAGUUUACCCCUUCUGUUUGGUUUAUGCAGCGGGUAUUUUUAGGCGAGGGAGUUCACUGCAGCUCAGUUGGAUCAUUUAACGUGGGACGUUGGGCUCUGGUCUCGUUAAGAUUUUUUUUUUUUUUUUUUUUGAAAUAUCGUUUUGAGAUCUAACUUUGUGGUUUUCGU